UGAUGGGGAGGGAUGAGGAAGCGGCUGAGCUCGUGUGUUUGUGAGAUCAUCCCCCCGCUGCUCUGUUCUCCGGGCCUGUAGCGGAGCUCAGCGGAUGAAGGCGAGAUGAGCGGCCGCGUGGGAGACCUGAGCGCCCGGCAGGCGGAGGCUUUAGCGCAGUUUCGUGAGAAGAUUCAAGAUGUUCUCCCACAGUGUCCUUCUCAGACUGAUCACUUCUUACUGCGCUGGCUUAGAGCCAGAAAUUUCAACGUUCAGAAAUCUGAAGCAAUGCUACGAAAGCAUUUGGAGUUCCGGAAACACAUGAAGGCCGACACCAUCACUGCUGACUGGAAGCCUCCUGAGGCGAUAGAUAAAUACCUCUCUGGAGGCAUGUGUGGAUAUGACCGAGAGGGCAGCCCUGUGUGGUACGACGUCAUCGGUCCUGUGGACCCCAAGGGUCUCCUGCUGUCGGCCUCUAAGCAAGACUUCAUCAAGUGCAAAGUUCGAGACUGCGAGAUGCUGCAGAAGGAGUGUGAACAGCAGAGCCAGCGGCUGGGGAAGAACGUGGAGUCCAUUACAAUGAUCUACGACUGUGAGGGUUUGGGUCUGAAGCAUUUAUGGAAGCCUGCUAUAGAUCUCUAUGGAGAGGUUCUCACCAUGUUCGAAGACAACUAUCCAGAAGGUCUGAAGAGGUUAUUGAUAAUAAAAGCACCAAAGUUGUUUCCUGUGGCCUAUAAUCUGGUGAAGCACUUUCUGAGCGAAGACACCAGACACAAGAUUAUGAUUCUGGGAUCAAAUUGGCAGGACGUAUUACGAAAGUAUAUCGACCCUGAGGAGCUCCCGGCGGUUUACGGGGGGAAACUGACGGACCCUGAUGGUGACCCCCGCUGCAGAACCAGGAUUAAACAGGGAGGGCUGGUGCCCCAGUCUUACUACGCACGGGAAUUCAUUAAGGUGCAGUACGACCACAGUGUGUCCAUCAGCCGUGGCUCCUCACACCAGAUGGAGUACGAGAUUCUGGCACCUGGCUGUGUGCUCAGGUGGCAGUUCUGCUGUGAGGGAGCAGACGUGGGCUUUGGGGUCUUCCUGAAGAAGAGGCUGGGGGAGUGGAUGAAGGCGGGUCAGAUGCAGGAGGUGGUGCCGAGUCAGCGCUACAAUGCACACCUGGUACCUGAGGAUGGAACCCUCACCUGUGCGGAAGCAGGAGUGUAUGUUCUACGAUUUGACAACACUUACAGCAUCUUUCAGUCCAAAAAAGUCAGCUUCACUGUGGAGGUUCUUCUCCCCAGCGCUGAGGGCCAACCACAGCCCGAGACGAGCAAAGCGUCGGAACAAGAGUCCUCCUGCAGCCUGUAGGAAUUAUGCUCAGAGACUACCUGCCAGCACUUGAACAGCCUGACAUUUACUCAACGUAACACAGGAAGGAGAUUUAUUACUACAGCUGUAUUUACUACAGAGUGGAUGAACUGAGAAAAAAAUGCUGCUGUAAGAAAGAGGAUGAGCUGAAGCCAUUUCUUGUAAAAUCCAGCUUAAAUUAAUAUUCUGCACAAACCCUGGUAGCACAGGAUUCCCAUCAGUACAUUCCAUAUACCUGGUGUUUAUUCAGACAUGAGGGGAUUUCUAUACAACUAAUGCUAAUGCUGAUGAUUCUAUAUAUACAUGUUUUGGCAGUUGUUCUUUACAUUUAGCACAGAAUGAAAGAUAAAUGGACCAAAAAAAAAAAUAUCACUGUUUCUAGGUGCGUGCAGUAGGUGGCGCUGUUUCUCACUUAUCAUUUAUCACUCCUAGUGUGACAUCAGUCAGCACAGGCAUCUGUUAGCUGAUGAAUUAGAGCUGGGUUGCUGAGCUUUCCUCUAAGCGCCCUGGUUACCAGGUGAUGCUGCAUCAGUGGCAGUUGGAAAGGAGGCGGAGUCUGACUUCACAUGUAUCAAAGGAGGCAUGCACUGGUCUUCACCCUCUUCGAGUUUUGUGGACGAUAUAUCGUCCCAGAAAUGAUUGCGAUAAACAAUAUUGUAGGGCUGGACCCGAAUAUUCGGGUUUUCGGAUAUUCGUUCGUUGAGUAGGUAUUCGGUUUUUAAUUUUGGUAUUCGGAUAUUCGUUUUUUUUCUCCUUUCCAGAGUUCCACCUCACUCUAACCACUUCUGUUUUCGCGGGUCCCGUCAGAAUAUCUUGCGCGCGGGACAGAACUGAACUGUUAUUGGCUGGAGCGGGAGUUUAAUCCAGACGAUGCGGGAGCAAAUUAAUAAAUAGUUAAGAAAACUGUAAUAAUUGUAAAAAAAAAAAAACCUAAAGAAAACUCUCAACGCGCAGGAUGGACCGACACACACACGCACACACCGAUGGUGUUUGGACUGGGGUAAGGAACGGGACCGCACUAUUCAGCGCUGCUGUUUUAAUAAAUAUAUAAGUAAAUUUGAAGCAUUAAAUGUAGUUUAUUUAAUUUAUAUUAGGAACGUGGGGCGGGAGCGGCAGAAAUGUGUAUGUGGCGGGCGGCCGCGGGAUUAAAAGAAGCUAUUUUUUUGCGGAGCGGUAACGAGACAGAAACGCGGAGCGUGGAAGAGUGGGUUUAAAAAUCAGUCUCGCACAGACCUCUAUUAUACAUGAUAAAAAAAAUGCAGGCUCUUCGAAACUGAUUUAUAUAAUAAAACGUAAGGGGUAAUGUGGCAACAGUAGGGGCUAAAUCGGUUACAAAAGCCUGGCCUACAAAAAUGAUGUCUGAACGAAUUUCCUCUUACCUAAUAUAAUUUGAAAUGGUUUAAAAAUAUAAAAUAAUUUCUAAGCAAACGAAAUAUUUAAUAUUGAGCUUAUAGCCCAAGUGCAAAAAUACAAAAUCAGUAAUACGGCUAUGCCCUGCACAAUCCUUAAACCGAAAUAGACCAAGUACAAUAACGUCAUUAACAAUGACUUUCCUCUACUCUAAUAUAAUUUAACAUGGUUUAAAAAUAUAAAAUAAUUUCUAAACAAACGAAAUAUUUAAUAUUGAGCUUAUAGCCCAAGUGCAAAAAUACAAAAUCAGUAAUAUGCCCUGCACAAUCCUUUAACCGAAAUAGACCAAGUACAGUUUACAAUGACUGUCCUCUAAUAUAAUUAACAAUGUUUAAGAAUAUAAAAUACUUCCUGAACAAACGUUUUUUUUGUUUGUUUUUUUAAGCAAAUAGCCUAAGUGUGAAAACACAAACAGCAAUUUACUGGGCUGGCUUGCGCAGCGGAGAAACCGUGCAGCAGCAGCCUCCUAGCCUGCUUACGCAGCGGAUAAGCCGCGGUGUGGGGCAGCAGAAAUUCCGGGAUGAAAACACAAAGAAAUCUGGGCUAAAAACACAGAAAAAAUAUGGGGUGAAAACACAAAAAUAUGGGGGAUAAAAACACCAAAAAUCCGGGGUGAAUAUGUCUCGUCGGUCAGAGCAAAUUGAACAUUUUUCAGUGGAUUAAAGGGGCCGUGAUUUGCUUUUUUUAAUUUUUUUUUUUACCUCUUUUUUUAAAAACGAAUAUUCGAAUAUUCGCUUCGAAUCAGUGCCGAAUAUCCGGAGCUCAAAAAACGCUAUUCGGGCCAGCCCUACAAUAUUGCUGUAAUUUUAAAAAUGUUUAAAUGCCAUAAUUAAUCCUAAUUUGGACAAUUUAUACUUUUUUCUUGAACUACUGUAGUUUGUGCACACUGUGUACAGUAUGUUGAGUCGCAGUUAUUGAAGCACUGAUCAUGCAUGACACUGUAGACAAUAUCACAAUAUAAAAUGUUAUUGAGGUAAUGUCCAUUUAUUGUAUGAUAAGUCAGUAAUGUAAUUAAAGUGACAGGCCAAGUUGGGGGCAUUGCUAAUUAUAAGGGGAGCCCUAAUGAGCCCAAUUUGGGAAAAAACAUUUUUAAAAGUGACAUAGACUAAAAUCUUUUUAGUUUAAGCCUAAUAUGUCUAAUAUACAAUAGGAGUAUAACACAAGCUGCAUUAACAAAACAGUCCUUUGUAGAAUCUGCCCUGUAUGUUGGCUGCAGCCUAGGCUUUGGAACACAGCUGCAGCUCUAUUAUGCAAAUUUUUAGAUUUUUGUUGUGUUUUUUUUUUUUUUCAAAGCUUUAAUGCAGAGCAAAGUUUUAAAAGUAACAAAAAGCUGAUUCGUUCAUGUCACUUACAUACAAAAGCCUUGUGUCUUAGGCUAUGUUCACAUUGUCAGACUGAAGUGAUUCAAAUCUGUUUUUUGUUUUUUGUUUUGCUCAAUGUGGCUCAGAUCUGAUUUUUCCAUGGUUGUGUGAACAUGCCUGAUUUUCUUCAAAUUAGAUUUGAGUCACUUUUAUAUGUGGUCCUAAAUCGGUAAUGUAUCUGAUCCAUGAACAUGUGACAUGAAUAUAAACGGUCAAAUCUGAA